AGCUGACCUCAUUUUAAAACUCUUUCUCCCAUGUGUUGCAGGUGUGGGAAGGCAAAUACCGUGAAGCUCUAAAGAUGGUGAGGAUUUUGGCCAAUGGAGACAUUGUACAAGAUGAUGAUCCUCGCGUGAGACAGAAUGCUCAGAACUCAUCCCGGCUGGGUUUUUUCAACACCACGACGAAUGCAGGCUCAACCCCCAAUCAGCGCUUCCAGCAGCAGUCACAGAACCGGGGGGCUGGGCCAGAGGAGCGCUCGCCAUUUGCAGACCUCAACCACCAGCUGGUCAACAUGGGCUUCCCCACUUGGAACCUCGGCAAUCACGUGGUGCAGCCCUUGAUGUCCAUCCUGUUGCUCUUCCUGCUUCUGAUGUUUGGGAUUCGUGGCCUCCUCUUGGUCGGUCUCAUCUAUGUCGUUUCCCACUUAACCCAGCGAUGACGGGGCCUUCCCGACAGGCCUGGCUAGAGCAGAGAGGCUGGGGUUUCUUGUUGGGCGUGGGUGUGUUGGAGAGAAAGUGUGGGGUGUGUGUGUUUGUGUGUGUGUGUAUGUGUAGGGUUCUCGGUUGAGAACCUUUGCGUAUAAAAUGCUCGGGGAACAGGAGUGGACGUCUGGGACAUACUUGGCAAAUGAGCUCAUGAGGAUAGUGCAGCUUGCACAUGAACUACCUCCAGAUGAGUCCAAGAAUUGGCUUGCUCUUCACAGCACCUGCAACUAUAUAUGUAUGUAUGUUUGGCAGUGGAUUGGGGGUGGUGGUGAAGCAUGGGCUUGGAUCCAGACUACAUUGGUAAUAUCCACCUUCCCACUGCAGCCCUCCCUGCCAUUCCUCGGGGUCUCUUAUCCCUCGGGAGCAGCAUUUUGUAGAGAUUGGUGGGCUGGGCAGUUCCAGUAGUCCACUGGAAAAUUCAGUCUGGGUCCAACCUGUAGUUUCUCUGCUGAAGGACUGAGAAGGCAGCAGCUGGAUCUCUAAGUAAACAAAACAAACAGAAAUCUAGUUUGUACAAGGCAGGAUUUUUCAUAUCUGAAGAUGAAGCAAAUGUUGACUGCGCUCUGGGAUAGGAAGUAGCUCUGUACGCUAGUUGAGAUAAGUACUCACUAGCUUCCAAUGAAGGCAUCGCUAUCACAUACUUGCUUCCAAAACAUGGAUCCAGUUUUUUAAAAUGUGACAGUGUCUGGAGAUUUAAAUCCGAAUAGUUUUAAGAGUUUCUUCUAAAAGAAAGCAGCAACUUGCCCAUAUUGAAGUCCAGCCAUGCUUAUUCAGAAUACUUUUCUCACUCUCCUACUUCAGUUAAAAGGUAACACCUUCCUGCCUUCAAUGGGAUUUCAUACAGAAGAAAGUUCCACUCAGGAGCUCCAUCUUCAGUUUGAGAAUUUUCUGCCAUGAGAAGUUAAAUAAAACACAUCCCUUUAACACAAGCGGGACUUACAGCCAGAUUCUAAGUAUGUACAUGGAAGUAAACCCCCAUGGAUAUCUGUGGAAUAUGCUUAAAAAAAUUGUGCCUGUGAUUAUAGCCAUAUUUGUUUAUGUUUUCAAUUUAUACCCACCAGCAUAGUUCACUGGAAAAUUCUUGGGGAGGCUUAUUUAUAACAAUAAAAUAUAGAUUGGUAAAAUACCAAACUUUAUAUUCAAAAGAAGAGUAUAGCAAUAAAAACACUAAAAAUCAGAUCAGUAAAAUAACAUGCUUUGUAAUUAAAAGAAAUAAAGCAAUAAUAGCACUAAAAAUCUUAUAGGAGUACUGAAGUCCCUAAGUAAAACUUUAAUACAGUUUUUUUUUUGUUGGGGGGGGGGGAAUCUCCAAAAUGGUCAGCAUAACAGAAUAGCCUUCAUUGACCUGCUAAAAGUCAACAUGCCUCCUGAAUUUUCAUGAAAGAGCCCCCUCAUCCUGGUCAGUUUGAGAUGAGAUAAUGCCAGCGCUCAAAAUAAGGCAUUAUACUUACUUUCUGUUGAAAUCAGUGGACUGUGGUAUCUUUUUCUGAAUUGUAUCUUGUCAGUGUGAUGCAAACUGGUCAUUGAAGCAGAAGGAGCAGCAGAUACUGUGGAGCUCCAGCUGCUGUAUCUGGCAGUGGGAGCCUUUUGUAUACAUGGUGCUCUGGAUUUCAGCUAGUGUUCAUGUCUCUAGCAACUUCUGUCACCUGCCCUUUGGCUUUCUAUGGUUUGAUGCCACGUAUAUCUGUGUUCAGCGGGCAUUUGUGCUGUUAUCAUUCAGACAAGUUGCUAGGUCAUAGUUUGAGAUGUCCCACCUCCAGGGUGAAAUUCUAGCAGGAGCUCCUUUGCAUAUUAGGCUACACACCCCAGAUGUAGCCAAUCUUCCAAGAGCUGACAAGGUUCUUUUUUGUAAGCUCUUGGAGGAUUGGCUACAUCAGGAGUGUGUGGCCUAAUAUGCAAAGAAGCUCCUGCUAGAAUUCCACCCCUGCCCACCUCCAUUAAAAAUGGAGAACAGCGGAAGAGAGGUGGGCUUGAGAUGAAAAAAUGUAGGAAUGUUUGUUUUUAAAACGUUAACAGAAAUGUGUUAUGAAUCACCCACGGCAGAAAAUUCUCAAACUGAAGAUGGAUCUCCUGAGUAGAACUUUCUUUUGUAUGAAAUCCCAUUGAAGGCAGGAAGGUAUUACCUUUUAACUGAGGUAGGAGAGUGAGAAAAGUAUUCUGAGUAAGCAUGGUUGGACUUCGAGAUGGGCAAAUUUCUGCUUUCUUUUAAAAGCUAAGCUUGGUAAUUUUGACCAGUCAUAAAAAUGCCCAUACUGGAGCCAGAAUUGAACUACCAUUCCCAGUCUGUGGGGAAGUUAGAAUCUGUAUGUAAAUACAGGUCUCGGAAUUAUUUUGGUUUAGCUCAAUUGAGAAUGGGGAGUGUGAAGGGCUAGUGGCUAAGGCAGCCUUCUUGUGGCCGUGUCAUUUGGGAGAACUGCUGCCUCCACAUGGGAAGGCCUGUACACACGCUUCCUUUAAUUCGUGAAAUUAGAUGUGGAGGCCCCAGUGAGGUAGUUCACAUGGGGGCUGCCUUAUGUGAUCCAGCCCAUAGUCUUAAAAUACUGUGUGUAUGUGUGUGUGUGUGGCCUGGGGAGGAGCCUUACUGAGUGAAUGUACAGUGGGCCAAGGUAAAGUGGUUACUGCUUCUGUUCAGUAAGCUGACUGAACUAGCAGCUCCUCAGUUAACUGCACUUUUCUAGAUCCCAGUGGAACAUGAUAGGGGCAUUGCUCCAAGCUGCUUCCUGUGUGAAUAAUGGCUCCCUACUUAAACAGUGUGUUGGAACAGAAUUCAAGCAAGGAAAUGCUAUUUGUAAUCUGCUUCUGUUUGUAACACAAAUACAUCUCUUUUCUCUUUCCAA